GAAAUGGACGACCCAGUUCGGCUAGACGACGAAACAUUCAGGCGCUACUACGCGCACGGAUACAGGACGUGGCAGAAAUUGUGCGCAAGGGCAGCCGCCGGUCAUGGAUUCCCCGCCGAACUGGUCGAUCUGGAGCACGCCUGCCGGGAGAUACCGUAUUUCCACAACCGUCUCCAGUUGAAGCCCGACUACCAUCUCUUAGCUACCGGGACGUCGACUUGGCAGACGACCAACGGCAUCGACUGUGAGCUUCCGGCUAUCCAACGCCGGUACUUCAUUCCGGUCACCACUCGCCGCCCCAUUGUCGUCUCGGUCGAGCAUUUACCUAAGCGAUUCCCAACGUGGUUCGGCUCCAAACCCAACCACAUUGGCAUCCUAACACUGGCGUGGGCCUACGUUUUCCGUGCAGAGUGGCGACGGCCAGGCGCGGCAACGGAGGCAAACGCAAGUUUCACGGAAGUCCCUGUCGAGCUGGGGCCAGUCUCAGACCGGGCUGCCAGGUGGUGGGCUGCCAUCCUGGCUCCAAACCAGGGCUGGACCGCCGGCAUCAACGCUGACUGCAAUGUCUUCCUUGCGCCGUGGUCGACCACGCUCGUCCAGACAGGUAAAGCAUCGACUUUUGUGCUCUCAGGGGCAUACGAGCCAGCAGAACCAGCGAUCGAACAACAACUGCCACCGUCAUUCUCGGUCGCCGCUUCGUACAUUGCGGCGUACGCGGCUCAUCACGGAGCCCAGGACCAGAGCCGAGUGGCCUUUGCUGCGGCAUUGAUGCUGCCCUCGACAGCCCGUAUCACACGAACCAUCCGGUUGCUGGCCCCAUGCCCGCGGCAGGCAUUUUCAGAUGAAGGCAACAUCUCGUCGGCAAACCCAGGGCCAGCGGCGCCAGUAUGGGGUGAUGACGUGCAUCAGCUGGACAGGCUGCUCACGCUAAGCUGCAACAACUUCCUCCAGGCACUCCUCAGCAGCGUUGCCUUUGAGCCAGACAUACCCUGCAAUGCUUGCGGCGCUUGGAUCCAGGGGACGUUCGCAGUACUGGAUUCCGACCACGUAAAAGCAGACCUGCAGGUCCUGACCGGCGCCCUCAUGGCUCGAAACCCCAAACUCGGCUUCCUGUGGGUCGGCGCAGCGGCCUUGGGCAUUCACAGCUUUUACUUGUUCGAUUGCAUGCGUACAUUAUUUUACCCGAUUGACCUAACACUUGCUGGGUGGACCAACACACUGAUGUCCUUCAUCCAGCAACCUGCGCGAGCUAUACAGCCUACUCAAGACAAGAUAAGAGGCGCCGAUGAGGCACGGCUGCUCUUCUUGUCCCAGGCCAUCGACCACACUGAAUUCCCCAUCAAGGGUUUCCCGCCAUUUGGCAGCACGGCGAUCGCGGACUGCGGCUUGGAGGUCCAGCGGCAUGUGAGCUGCGGCAAGAGCCACCAGCUCUACUAUUCGACCUGGACAUGGGACUGCCGAGACGGGGAGCGUGAGACGGCAGAAGACAGCUGCAUCCAGGUCGACUACAGCCGCAUGGACCGCGAACUUGACUGCGCCGAGGUCGUGACCCGCUGCAUCAUCGGGUGGCUUCGGGAACACGACGGCUUCCCAAUCGCCGAGAGGGGGAUUCGGGAGCACGAAUGGAUAGACUUUCUAUACGAGUCGGAGGACGACGAGCCUGCC